UGGCAGAAGAAACCAUAUCGACCUCUGCAAACCCAAAACCAAGAGAACCUUUCGUCCCCCCUACCUUCCUUCAGUCGCUUCGUGUCUAGUUUCUUUGAGAGGUUCAAAAAGAAAAUUCUAUAUUUGCCUGUAUGAAGGGAUGAGCUGGUUUGACAAGUUACGUUGUUCGUCGAAUUCAAGCCACAUUGCCGGACUCAUGAUCUUUAUACUUUUUUAUCAUUCAUUCCAGUUAAUUUCCAAUUUUGUAAUUCCUAUAAAGCCCUAAACGCGUUCAGAUUACUACUGUUUCGUGCUAUUCAAUGGAUCCCAAAGACUCGUUCUCCAAUAAUUUGAUGGAUGGUACAUGUAAAAGUGAUAGAUCUUUAAGGUGCCAAUUGCCAAGACUUCAGCUCAGCUUUUUUACUUUACUGUUUGUAAAGCAUGAACCUUGUUUUCCCACAUUGAGAGACAACAACCUUCUUUGCCUUCGGUCAUUGUCAUUGGUGGAGGGAUUUCUGGGAUUGCCGCUGCUCGUGCACUUUCUAAUGCAUCUUUCAAGGUACUCUUGUUAGAGUCACGGGACAGACUUGGUGGGCGUAUUCACACGGACUACUCAUUUGGCUGUCCUGUUGAUAUGGGGGCAUCAUGGUUGCAUGGUGUCUGUAAUGAGAAUUCUCUGGCCCCACUCAUACGUUGUCUGGGACUUACACUAUACCGUACAAGUGGUGACAACUCUGUGUUAUAUGACCAUGAUUUGGAAAGUUAUGUGCUUUUUGAUAUGGAUGGCCGUCAAGUUUCUCAACAACUAGUCAUUGAAAUUGGAGAGAAAUUCAAGAGAAUUCUCGAAGAGACAGAGAAAGUAAGGGAUGAACAUAGUGAGGACAUGUCAGUUCAUCAAGCCAUUUCAAUCGUUUUGGACAGGCAUCCAGAUUUGAGGCAAGAAGGACUCGCCCAUGAAGUUCUGCAAUGGUACAUAUGCAGAAUGGAAGCAUGGUUUGCAGCAGAUGCGGAUAUGAUUUCGCUUAAAGCUUGGGAUCAGGAGCAACUUCUUUCUGGGGGCCAUGGACUAAUGAAGCAAGGGUAUUACCCAGUGAUAAAGGCUUUAGCGGAAGAUAUUGAUAUACGAUUGAAUCACAGGGUUACAAGGAUUGCCAAUUGGUUUAGUAAAGUGAUGCUUACUGUUGAAGAUGGGAGAUGCUUUGUUGCGGAUGCUGCUAUUAUAACAGUCCCCCUAGGAGUUCUGAAAGCCAACCUAAUUGAGUUUGAGCCUAAGUUACCUCAGUGGAAAGUUGAUGCAAUAUCUGAUAUUGGUUUUGGAAGUGAGAACAAGAUUGCCUUACAUUUUGAUACAGUCUUUUGGCCAAAUGUGGAAUUAUUGGGUGUUGUUGCACCUUCUUCUUAUGCUUGUGGCUAUUUUCUCAACCUUCAUAAGGCAACAGGUCACCCUGUCCUUGUCUAUAUGGCUGCUGGAAGGUUUGCCUAUGACAUAGAGAAGUUAUCUGAUGAGGCUGCGGCUAAUUUUGUGAUGGUGCAACUAAAGAAAAUGCUUCCUAAUGCAACAGAUCCGGUCCAAUAUCUUGUUUCACGUUGGGGGACUGACCCAAACUCUCUUGGUUCUUACUCCUAUGACUUGGUUGGGAAGCCUGCAGAUGUGUACGAGAGGCUUCAAGCUCCUGUUGGUAACCUUUUCUUUGGUGGGGAGGCUGUGAGUUUGGAUCAUUCAGGCUCUGUACAUGGAGCUUACACCGCAGGAGUGAUGGCUGCUGAAGACUGCAGGAGGUAUGUGUCGAAGCAGCUUGGUAAUUUGGAAUUGCUCCACUUCGUAACUAGGGAUGAAAUUGUUGAAGCCACUGUUCCUCUCCAAAUUUCGAGGAUGUGAGCUCUUUAUAUUAUAAUUCAUAUCCAAUAAAUCAUGUGUUCAAUUUAA